AGGGCUGUGUGGCGUGAGGCAGUGCGUGUGCUCAGUGUUUAGGUGAAUCCACAGCCCUCUGGCUCACAAGGAUAAAGGAGUCUCUCCAAGGAAGACGGAGAAAAGCAACACAAGGACUUUUCCCUCUUUUUAUUUUUGCAUCCUCUGUCGUCUUUCUUCUCACCUCACUCUCUCACAAGCCACCAGCCGCUGGUGUCUGUAUUUUGGCUCUUUCUGUCCUCCUCUUUUGUUUGCUGCAUCCAUCUGUGUUUCACCUCGGUCCAGAAAGGAGGAAGGAAGAGCAGAGUCAGAGGCAUCAUCCUCCCCUCCUGCACGCCCAGCCGGUGGUGGGUGCUGAUGCUGUAACCACUGUGUGGAGCUGACAAGCCCUGGUUGAUGCAGUGAAGUGUUCCAGAGGGAUAAACACAAGCGAAGGUCGCCAGCCAUGGGGAACCUCAUUAAGGUCCUUGGCAAGGAUUUAGAGAACUGUCCACAUUUUUUCCUGGACUUUGAAAAUGCCCAGCCCACGGAGGCAGAGACAGCUGUGUGGAACCAGGUCAGCGCUGUGCUGGAGGAGGCUCAUGGGAUCCUAGCCGAGCUGCAGUCCUAUAAUGGUGCAGGCCAGGAGAUACGAGAAGCCAUCCAGAACCCAGGCGACCUCGCUCUUCAGGAGAAGGCCUGGAACGCAGUCUGCCCCCUGGUGGCCAAGCUGAAGCGGUUCUACGAGUUUUCCCUCCGACUGGAGAAUGCCUUGCGCAGCCUGCUGGAGGCGCUGACCAGCCCGCCGUACGCUCCCAUGCAGCACCUGGAGAGAGAGCAGGCCCUGGCCAAACAGUUUGCUGAGAUCCUUCAUUUCACACUCAGCUUUGAUGAACUAAAGAUGACAAAUCCAGCCAUUCAGAAUGACUUCAGUUACUACAGGAGGACUAUAAGCAGGAAUAGGCUGAACAACCAGCAGCUGGAAGCGGAGAACGAGGUCAACAAUGAGAUGGCCAAUCGGAUGUCCCUGUUCUACGCUGAAGCAACACCGAUGCUGAAGACUCUGAGUAACGCCACCACCAAGUUUGUUUCAGAGAAUAAGACCUUGCCCAUCGAGGACACCACAGACUGCCUGAGCACCAUGGCCUGUGUGUGCCGUGUCAUGCUGGAGACUCCGGAGUACCGUUGUCGGUUCACCAACACAGACACAAUGCUCUUCUGCAUGAGGGUGAUGGUGGGAGUCAUAAUUCUCUAUGACCACGUUCACCCUGUCGGGGCUUUUGCCAAAACCUCCAAAAUCGACAUGAAGGGCUGCAUCAAGGUGCUGAAAGAGCAACCGUCCAACAGUGUGGAGGGACUUCUGAAUGCACUGAGGUAUACGACACGGCAUCUAAAUGAUGACAGCACCUCCAAACAAAUCAGGGCCCUCCUGCAAUGAGAACGAGGAGAGCGGUGGAG